AUGGCUGAACAGGAGUUGUCUCUUAUAAACAAAGUGGAGCUUCGUAUUGCAUUGGCAGAUUCGGAUUCCAAGUUCCAAGGGGCGUUAGACUUGUAUCUUUGCCCGUUGCUGUUGAAACUAGGCUCUACACACUCAUCUUCGAGAUCGGCCGUGUUGAAUUUCAUAAAGGACUUGAUUUCCAGGCUCAAUGGUGCUCCUGCUGUCCAGCUACCGGUGUUGAAACUUAUAGAACAGUCUAAGAAGCCCAGCUUGCCCGCUGGCUCAUCUGUUGCUUCUACUCAGCUGUAUUCGCUUCUUUUGGCAGCCAAGGGUCUUGAUCGAUUGGAUGAUAAGCAGUCGUUGAUAAAGCCCCUGUUGGAGGGUAUCGAAGCAUUUGAAGGGCCGGUGUGUUCCAGGUUGUUCAAUUUGUUCAUUAGAUCCCUUGCUGGGUGGAAAACCCCUGAUCGUGGUACCGAUGAGUUCAAAGCACUACAGUCGUCCUUGAACUUGCCUGUAUCAACAGUCAGGUUCAUUACCUCCAAACUGGAGCAGCUUUUCCUGCUCGUUCCAAGCUAUAACGAUAAGGGCAUCAUUCCAAAGGGAACCACAUGUCCUGGCCUCAGUGCAGAUGAAGUGUCUUUCCUCACUUAUGACUGUGGUUAUUUCCCCAAACCAGCAGAGCUAUCAUCUGUGAAGAAAGAUGUCACAUCAUUCAUCUCGCUAUUGCAGGAUAGAGACAUUUUCUUGCUUCUUCUCAUCGGUGCAGAAGACUCUAAUGAUCAUGUCGCCAACUCUUCGGCUGCUCUGCUACGGAAAAUUACCAUUCCAUUUGAAGAUGAAGCGUCCAUAGAGCAUAUGAUAUCUCUAUAUGUUGGCGAUAAGUCGAUCCCUAGACCUCCUGUGAAGCCCAAACUCCAGGAACGGUUUCUCACUGUGCUGAAUGGGUCUGUCAUUGCUACAAAACAUAAAGCAGUUCCUAUCAUCUCAAGUAUUGGUCUCAACGCUACAAGAUAUCCUAGACUGAAAUCGGCAACUAUUUCUUUUAUUCAAUGGGCUGCAAAGAAUGGCGACCAAGGAGUAAAUGGAAGCUCUGAAUAUCUAGUUAACGUUGCAGCUCAACUGAAGAACAACUUACAGGCAGAGGGGUGGCCAAGAUUUGAAGUUCAACAAGGAGCGUCUUUCUCUGCAGAGUUGAAACAGAGAAGAAUUCAAUAUGAAGCACUGGGUGAUUUAUUGAAAAAAGACCCCUCGCUCAUUGAGGACAUGACGUAUAUAACAUUCCUCUUUGAUUCCCUUAUUGGAGACAUCGCCGAUGUUAGAUCCACUAUACAAGAUGCUCUUGGUGGGUUGGUAGUUCAUCUGAAGGGCUUACCGGUUGGAUCGAAAGCCAGGUUAAAAUAUUUGAUGAAGCUGUAUCUUGAGUCAGGAGUUUGUUUUAUUGACCAUCCAGAUUCUACAGAAUCGGUGAGAUACACAGCUUUAAAAUUCAUCAAUUCUGCUUUCCCAUUCGAAGAUGCUGAAGCUAGAAUGCUAAACGUUUUGGGAUCAUCUUCUAUCAACGGUUCAUCAGUUAUAGAAGAAGCACAGAGAGGUCUUCAUCCAUACUGGUUCAAUAUCACCCAUUCUUCCGCAACUACAGAGUUCAAAUCUACUGAUGAGCUUCUCGGAGUUGGCAACGUUUUGACAAUGCCAUCUUUCGACUCAUUCGUUAUCAACUUUACUGAAGCAAUAACACAAGCCAAGAAUGAUCCAGAUUCCACACUCAAGGGUUCUAUGGUACAUGGUGCUAAGUUUGCACUAUAUAUGCUUGUUGAAGAGGCUAUUGCAGGAAAGCCAACUGUGGUGGUCAAAGACCAAGAAUGGAUAACAAGAUUAGAAAAUGCCCUGAACUCUGACUUUGUCGUUAUGAAUCUAGUGAAAUACAACCUCAAGAGUUCAAACCCCUUAACUUCCUUUUUACAGAUUCUUGCUGACAACAUAACACGCGUUGAUAGUGGCUUUUUGUUAGCAGAUAAGGGAGAAGAGGUUUUUGCAAAGAUUUUCCUCGAGAUUAUCUCUUUGUCUCCUAAUGAAGUUAUCCAAACCAUUCUUCCUGUCGUACCGAAUCUUGUUUCGGUAAUCCAGAAUUCCAAAGUUGUGAAUUAUAAUUUAAUUAUGUCCUGUGCCAAUGCUAUCGGAGUUAUUGGCAGUCAUCCUCAAGUUACAAAUCAAGAUGUUAUCGUUUUGUUUGAAACGUUGUUGGAAGGAUUGAAAUCUGAAUUGAAGCAAAAGAGGGAUUAUCUACUGGCUUUGUCGUUCCUGACAUCUCGCGUCGUGUACCGUCGUCGUGAUACCAUCUCGACCAGUCAAUUGAAGCAAGUUUGGGAAUGCGUUUUGGAGGCUUUUGAAAACAGUUUUGGAGACUCAGGUAUUAUUGGGCUGACCCAACUCGCUAUGUAUGGAGCUCUCGGUCCUAACGUUCAGUUAGAUAAUAUGGAUGAGGUGAGAAACACCAUUGUUGAGGAAUUGAAGAAAAAGGUCAAUAAAUUGGAUGAAAGAUCAAUCAUUGCGACUGCCUGUGUAUCUCUGAGUUUGGAAGAAUCUGAAUCUACUGAACUUACGGAUCUUGAAACUACCAUAUAUGAGACAAGCUCUACCAAGCAAGUGGAAUCUUUAUUUACAUCAGGUGAAGCACUAUCUAUUAUGGCUGCUGGUUGGGAUUCAAGAUUUCUGCAACAGAAGCUGGACAUUCAAGACUCCUCACUUGCUCCAUUGACAUCAAAGAGAAGUUUCAGACUAAACGUGAUUUUGAACAAAGUUCUCGAGACAUGUACGAGUACUAAGCCAAGCUUGAGAAGGGCAGGGUGUAUCUGGUUAUUAUCCCUUGUUCAAUACUGUGGUCAUCUACUUCAGAUCAAAGAAAUGGCUGGUGUUAUACAUAUCUCAUUUAUGAGAUAUCUGGCUGACAAAGAUGAGUUUAUUCAAGACUCCGCUUCGAGAGGUUUAAGUAUGAUUUAUGAACUAGGUGACUCUGACCUUAAAGAAACACUGGUGAAAAAUCUACUAAAAUCUUUCACGGAUUCAACAUCAGCAAGUAAGCUUUCUGCUGGGUCGGUAUCUACUGACACGGAGCUUUUCGAACCUGGUAUCCUUAAAACAAAUGACGGUUCUGUUUCAACGUAUAAGGACAUUUUGAAUUUGGCUUCUGAAGUAGGUGAUCCAAGUUUGGUAUAUAAGUUCAUGUCUAUGGCAAAGAGUUCUGCACUAUGGUCAUCCAGAAAAGGUAUCGCAUUUGGGUUGGGAUCAAUCAUGUCAAAAGCCAGUAUUGACCAGAUGAUUUUCGAGAACCCUUCUUUAUCAAACAGAUUGAUUCCAAAGCUUUACAGGUAUCGUUUUGAUCCAAGUAUGUCCGUUUCCAAGGCUAUGAAUGAUAUUUGGGCUACCCUUGUACCGAAUACUAGCAAGACUGUUGAAAGGUAUCAGGAUAUUAUCAACUACUUGACACUUAAUGCUGAUAAAUACAAUCUGAAAAGUGAUGAAAUUGAUGCCAAACGUCUACAAGGUCUGGGAUCUUCUCCUAUCAUGAAUGCUAUUGAACGUCUUGUGGACCAAGUGGAUGAGAAUAAUAUUGAUAUAGUCGUUUCAAAGGUUCAAGAAAGUGUGAAGAAAUCAGUUGGACUCCCAUCUAAGGCAGCAGCAUCGAGAGUCAUUGUCAUGCUUAUCAUGAGACAAUUAUACUUGAUCAAGCCAUAUGGUGAAACCUUACUCAAUACUUGUGGUUCACAGUUGAAAGAUAGAAACACCACUGUUUCUUCUUCAUACGCAACAGCAGCCGGGUAUUGUUGUAGGGUAUGCUCGGUUGAUGUCGUUGUCAAAUACUCUAAGAAGAUUCAGAGCAUGUUUUUUGAAUCCGAAGAAGAGAAGCCUAAAAUCGUUGCAGGAAUCGCUACGGAGGCUGUUUCGAAGUAUUCUGGUGAUAUGUUUGUAUCUGUUGCAUCGGCCUUCCUACCACUGGCAUUCUUUGGAAAACAAUACUCUUCGAAAGACAUUUCCAAGUUGUUUGAACGUGUAUGGACAGAGAAUACUUCGGGUAAAGGCGCUAUUAGGCUAUACUUUAGUGAAAUUUGUGACUUGGUGAAGGAACACAUCAAUGGCCAGCAAUUUGCAAUGAGACAAGUGUCUGCUAAAAGCAUAGCUAUUGCGUGUGACUCUCUUGAUAGCACUGCUGUGGCAUCUGUUCAUGUUGAUGAAUUAUUCACGAUUCUUCUCAAAUCAUGUCAAGGACGUUCGUGGGCAGGAAAAGAGGACGUUCUCUCAGCAUUGGUUUCUCUGACUUUGAAGUCUAAAUUCUAUAUUAGCGAACAUCCAGAUGUUUUCCAAGACGUACAAAAGACCGUGAUUGUUGAAUCGAAACGUCGUAAUAAGGCUUAUCAAAAGCAUGCACUUGUUUCAUUUGCAGAUUUUGCACAAGAAUUCCCAUCUGUGAUUUUAUUUGAGAAUGCACUUAACAUCUUUGAAGGCAUAUUCUCUGAAGAUUACUACGAUUCUGAGGACGAAGACGAGGAUGGUACAACAAACGAAAAAGUUAUUGCGACGAGCGAGAUCUCCAGUCGGAAGAACUUGACACGUGAAGCAGAUCGUAUGAGAGCACUCACAUCAAUGGUUAAGAUUUUCCAGUUAUAUCCAGACGGUAGCUAUAACGAUGAAUAUUUGAUCUUCGCUUUGAACUCUUUAACUGCAACUUUUGAUCCUAAAGUGUAUAUUCCUACUUGGAGAUCCCAACUUGCUGUUGUGGAAGGCAUUUCUAAAAUAUCCAUUGUGCUUAAGGGUCACUCAUUGAGCGAUGAUGUUCGCAAUCAUUUAAUAGAGAGCUGGAACUUGAUUUAUCAUCACAAUACUAAAACAGAAACUGUUGAGAAUGUCAAAGUUCAAACUGUCCGUACAGCUGGUGAACUGGUUGAGAUUGGCGAUGAGAACCUGGCUCAUACAGUGGUUAAGUCACUUCAGACUUUUAAAGGAAGAGAAGCUAACUCUAUUGUUCUAGUUGAGAUUACAAAGGUCCUACAAAAUCACUUAGAAUGA